GGCGCGCAUCAUGGCGGCGCCCUUGCUGAAGCGGCGCGGCCGGAGGCGACUGAAGGUGCUGGAGGAGACCUAUGAGCAGCAGCAGCAGAGUGUGAAGAAGCAGAAUGAGCAGCUGGUGGCUCAGCUCCUGUCGCAGAGCCAGGACGCGGAGAAGGCACGGGCAGAGCUGGUGGCGCAGCACGAGGAGCGUGUGGCUGCGCUGCAGCAGCAGAACAUGUGGGACCUGGAGUGUCUGCGAGAGCAGCAGAGGAGAUUGGUCCAGACAGUGGUGAAAGACUACGAAGAGCAGCUCCAGCGGCUGAGGCAGACAAAAGACCUGGAGGUUGAUGCAGUGACCGGUCCCACCUCACACACCAGGUCUCUGAACAGCAUCAUUGAGCAGAUGGAGAAGUUCUCCAUCAACCUGCUUGACCUCUCACACAAGGUGGAGGCCACGCAACAAACCACGUCCCAGGAGCUGGCACAGCAGCGGGACAAGCAGCUCAAAGGUACGUCUGCAGUUCCUCUGUGCCAGAACAGCUCCAGGGUCCCUGCCAGGGCUGGGGACACCCAGGAAACAAGGAGGAGUUGCUUCAAGACAGCCAGAGGCUGGGAGCCUUGAAACAGCAAUUCUGCAUUUGAGCUUCUGUUACUGGUUCCCUGGGUAGAGAUGUAUGACCUGCACUGCUUAUAAAUUCUAUAUGGCCAGUGCAAUCUGUUAAAAUGGCAAACCGUUGACAGGAAACACCUGAAAUGUGAAGUUCUACAGGGAAGUUCAAGAAGUUGUUUUCUCCUAACUGAAGAAGCCAUGCAAUUGUUUGAUUGUUUUAGGUGGAUGAAAAUACUAGGAAAAGCUUAUUUAAAUUACAUUCCACAUGGGAUGCUGUUGUUCCUUUGAGGAAACUGCAUGCACUUGAUGGCAGAGCAUCCUGCUUGGCCAGUUAAAGCCCUGUCGCCAAACGUGAAUACUUCCAGCACCCGUGGAAAUGCUAAGUUUUUAAAGAAAUGGGCAGAUGAAUCUACUGCACCUACUCGGCUGUCGCUUCUGGUGCCUCUGCUCCUCCAGCUGCUCCUGAGAUGCAAGAGGAGCUGCUCCGGAGAAUUUGACACAGAAGCAACUGAUAAGGCAGCAAUUUGUGGCAAAGCAAAAGCAGUUGUUAGAACUUCACCCAAAAAAAAAAAAAAAUGGGAGCCGAAGCUGGAACAGACUAAAGUACAGCUGGUGAGCAGGAGAGUUGAUGAAACUUUUAUGGUUGGGUCUCACUUUCCUUUGCACAGCACUAAGCUCUAGUGGUAAAUGCUGUACAUUUCUUUUUCCUCAUGUUAGGCAAGUGUAGGUAUUUUAGGACGAGAGCAAGGCAAGAUGAUCUGGGGUUCCUCAACAGUAUUGUUACCUAAAAACCUCGAGAACUGCACUCAAAGGAUUAAAAAAAAAGAAAAAAAAAAAGGUCAAAUGUUUGGGGUUUUAACUUCUCUCCAAAAAUGAUGCCUGUGACCCUUGUCUUCCAUCUCUUCUUUGUGGCUCACAGCAAGCCAGGCUCUUCCAAAUACGUUUGCUCUUAUAGAAGAAGGAAGCCUGAUUGUUGGAGAUAAAAUCAGUUUCCUCAUUAGGCCAGGCUGGUUUGAUGCCACCCUCUGAAGAUGGCAGUUAAACUGUAUUGUCUUACAUUCAUAAUCGAAAGCAUCAGCUGAUGAUAUCAAAAUAAAGCAUCUUUAAAGUGUAGAAAAUUAGAUCAGAUGCUCAGCAGCUUUGUUGCCUUGAACAUGUGGAAUAUACAGAAAAACUAGUGCUGGAAAGAGAACUUGUGUCUAAGUGCCAGAUUUUGCAGUAUUGCCUUUGUAGUACUGAGUUUGCAUUAUAUUUGAAUUUGGUCUUUUGUAAUGGUACUGCAUGAUUUUGAUGCUGGUAAUUGGCAAUUCUGGGGUCAUUUUCAGCUAAAUGGCUGAAUCUGUGAACUUUCAAGACAUUUCUAUUUAGAGUUUGGUUUUGAGAGGCAACCAGCUCCUACCCUGAGGAGCAUCUCGGGGUAGGAGAUGUGCCAUGCAGAUCAAUGCUGCAUUUUUUCCUCCUUCAGGUUCUAUCUCUUUGUGUUCAGCAAGGAUCAUUUACUAUAGCUUCAGCUCCAGCACCUUCCAAGCAAUGUGUCUCCCACACCUCAUAUGACACUUAAAGCACCUCCUCAGACUGAAAAAACCAAACGAUCCUCAAGUCCUCCCCUUCAUGGUAUCAAAAUAGUAAAUAGGGAUCCUAGACUUCAUAGGAUGGCUCACCAUUCUUCUCAUGCUGAAGAUCAAUCUCACGGGAGAGAAUAUCCAUUGAACAUGACCAGUCAGCCUGAUACCAAGGCAAACGAAACAACACAGGCUGAGAAACAAAACUCAACAAAGCAAGUAAAGUUGAAAGCAAGU